GUAUGUCUAACACGGAGUUGUCUAAAGUAGCUCAGGGCACUGUAAUUAAGAUCAUUUACUUACGGGACUCAGCGAUAGAGAAAGAAAAGUGACAUUUUUAAAAUUAUAUUAAAUUAGCGAUUAAAACAGAUGGACAGGCAGUUGUAACAGUAACCCCAAAAGACAUAGACAACAUUUAAAAAGACGUUAUAAACACAGUAUGAGGGUCGUUCAGAAGUUAAAACAGACUCAUAGGUCUUCUUGAACCUGAAACUUCUCUUCUUUAGCUCAGGAGCGGUCGGUCACCGGUGGCAUGUUUCCUUUAGACUCUCCCUGGAACAUCUCGUUUGCAGGUUGCGGCUUCCUGGGCAUCUACCAUGUAGGUGUCGCCAGCUGUCUGGUGGAGCAGGCUCCUUACCUGGUCCAGAAUGCACGGCACAUCUAUGGAGCUUCAGCCGGAGCUCUCACCGCCACCGCUCUGGUCACCGGAGUCUGUCUCGGUGGGUGCAUUUUGAUAAAGUUUACUUGAAAACUUUCUUUGAGCGCAUUUAUACGUGUAACCUUAAUUUCUGAUCCCUUUGUACAUAUAAAACGUCAAAUACUUUUACAUAUUGAAUGGUUGGGAUAACAUUUGAAGAGGUAUGUUGAUGGUAAACAUCUGAGUAACUUUGACUGUGUGUCUAAAAUGAUUGUUGAAGUUCUGUGUGUCUUCUCAGUCACAGCUGAACAGUGUCAUCAAGUGUCAAUCAAUUGAAUUUAUUGAUAAAAACAGGCUUAGCAUCCUGGUGAUACUCCACCCAAAUAACUAUAUUGAUUCAGCCCCUUCUUCCUACAAUCUGUUGAUAUUAUGAAUCUCUUUUAUGUGAGAGGUUGCCUCAUAAGUAGGACAAUGAAAUGGAAACUCUUAAAAAUGAUUUUACAAGCAUAGCAGCACAAAGAUCUUUAUUCAUCUCAUCAUCCUCAAUGAGGUCAGUUCUGUCUUUUCUGUAUCCAAUCAUUUACAGUAACAAUGUUUCACUUUCAUUACAGGAGAAGCUGGCGCAAGCAUCAUCGAUGUUGCCAAAGAGGCGAGGAAGCGUUUCCUGGGACCCAUGCAUCCCUCCUUUAACCUGGUGAAAAUAGUGCGUCACAUGCUGCGGCGAACUCUGCCGGCUGACUGUCACAAACAGGCCAGUGGGCGGUUAGGAAUCUCUCUCACUCGAGUGACAGAUGGAGAAAAUGUCCUGCUGUCUAACUUUAACAACAAGGAGGAGCUGAUCCAGGUGGGCUUAUAGUUUGUAUAUUGAAGUGUUGGUUUUUAAUGAUAAACUAAGCAGUUAAAAACGGGUCAUUUAGAAACCUCUGAUAAAAAGUGUAAUUUAAAUUUUUCAGAUCUAACCAGGACCAAUCUUUUCUUUCUUAUAUUCAUUAUUUGUUUAUCAGGCCUGUGUCUGUAGUGCCUACAUCCCUGUAUAUUGUGGCCUCAUUCCUCCCACGCUUCAUGGAGUGGUGAGUAACUUCUGUAUUAUUUAGCAUGUGUGGUGUUCCUACAGUGCAGAAGUCCUGUUGUUGAAAGUCUUACUAUUAUACGGCUCAUGCUUUGUAUUUCCUCUUAUUGUAUUCUGCUGCUGCUGCCUUUGGCACUGUUUUCUCAUUAUUGCACCUCCAUCAGAGCCCUCCCUUCCUCAAGAAUGUCUCUGUUCUGUGUGGCACAUGUGUGGAAAUGAUGAUUAUAUAAUUUCUCAGGAGUCAGAGUUUUUCAGAGAUCUCACCCAAAGGAAAAGCAGAACAUCUAUUUAUAUCCUUGUUUUUGUUAACUUUCAAACACUGGACAUGUUUGUAGCACAAAGGUUUUCAGGGUUUUUUUUUUUGUGUGCAACAACAGUGCUGCGCCCUCCCCUUUGGCCUUUGUGGUUUUAUGAGAGCUCACAUGUGCCUGUGUGUGCACAGGGCCUGUGACCAAACAGUGAGAGUGGCAGUGCCUGAUGUGAUUAUGUUGGCACAAGCUUUAAGGUUGCUCUGUCCCCCCUGACUCUCAGUGGCACAGAUUCAAAAAUCUGCCUUCAGACUGAUCGGUGACACAUUCAGCAUGCCCUUAAAGUUCCCCAGCUUCAUUAAAAACAACACUGAUCAAAUCACAGGGUAUGAUAUCACUGUUAUUACAUUCAGAUAAACUGUCACUCUGGGGUUAGAUAUCCUCAUGAGUGAUUUAUGUUAAAAUCUACCCUUUUCUCAUACUUCAGCGUUAUGUGGAUGGAGGGAUCUCAGACAAUCUUCCUCAGUAUGAGCUGAAAAACACCAUCACAGUGUCCCCGUUCUCAGGAGAGAGCGACAUCUGCCCCCGAGACACUUCGACCAACAUACACGAGCUGCGAUUUACCAACACAAGCAUCCAGUUCACCCUCCCCAACCUCUACAGAGUCUCGAGGGCACUUUUCCCCCCAGACCCCAUGGUAAACAAAAAAAACUCUCCUCGAAACUCUGAGGAUAAAAAUCAAUCUACUCAGAUGACAUGGAGUGACCUGGGCUGACUCCUUUGAAAGAUGCGUGUUUGUUUUUAUCUUGAGUGCAGGUUAUGAAGGCCAUGUGUAAGCAAGGAUAUAAAGAUGCUCUUCACUUCUUAAAGAGGAAUGGUAAGAAAUGUUUUUUUUUUAGCUUUGUUUUUAGCCUUCUCCAAAUCUAGUCAUGCUCUGUUUAGAAAAACUGGGGCAGGGAGAGCAAGCCUAAUUAAUGUCUCUCCCUCUGGCUGAAAUGAAUUAACGGGUAUGCAGAGUUUUUUUCCUGAUAUGCUAUCAGGACUCAAGCUUUCUCUGACCACAUGGCCUAUAAUCAAUGAGCUGCUUUUUCUUGUUGGACUUUGUUUGUUGUUUUCUGUUUUGGAGCAAUUUGUGAGCACUUCAUCAACAAAAGUAUCAUAAGUGUUUUGAUUAUUAUGAACUCGGUGACACAUUUAAUCACUAGAGAGCAAUUUCCUCAGAAUUGAUUUAAAUGAAGAAAAUAUAAUUACUGUCACAUUUGUGGCUGUUUACAGGAUUGCUGUACUUUAAUGGACCACUUAGAGACAGACCUCUGCUGGCUAAUAGCAGAGAAAAUCAGGAUUAUAAUGGGAGCAGGGAGGGUGACGUGGAGAAGGAGGAAAAGCCACAUGAGAAAGAGGCAGCAGUAAUGGUUGAAUCCACUUCUUCAAUAGAGGAGCAUAUCAUGGAGCACCUUCCACCAACCCUGCAUAAAGGUAACAAGACUUUACAGGGAAGCAAUGAGAAGUUAAAACAAUGUAUGGUGACUGUGUGAAAAAAAACCCACGUUUUAAUGGUAAAAGCUUUGCACUGAGAUAGUAGUUUCCUAGUCUUACAGCUACUCCGUAUCCUAUUCACCCCGUCAAACAUGCACACAUUCACACACUCAUAGCAUGGAAAGUGAUCAGUAUUGAUCAAUAUCAAUCAAUUCCAUCAAUGAGUAUGACUCACUCUACCAUCGGGCCACAGCUGCCUCAUUCUGGCUCCAGGUGGCCUCUUAUUCCAGCACUAACUAGGUAUGUUAAGGCAAACUUUCAGUGGAUAGUCAUACUGAUAUUUGAGAGAUAGAUAUUUGAGUUUUUCUCUGAGCAUAUAUAGACCUUUAUGUUUUUCUUUUUAGUCUCACUUAAAACAGGUCUUAGCACAUACUUAUAAAACUACAUGAUUCAGGUAGGCAAGAGGCUUAUUAGAGAGGGGCAGGGGUGGUGCAGUGGAGUGGGGUCUGAAGUUAUCUGUAGAAUAAAUUGACAUGAGUCAGCAUAAGCCUUCAAGGUUGUAAGCAUGUUGAGCUUUUUUCAUCCCCUGAAAAACAGAUUCAUGAUGUAAACAACCAUUAACACAAUCACUUUUGAAUUUUUUACCACGAUACAUACCCACUGUGUCAACUUUUUUAUUGCCAGUGCACUCUCAGAGCUUUCAGGAUAAGGGGUUUAAACAGGUUAAUCAUAUGAAUAGUUCAGAAUAAUGCUUCUGAUCCUCUUUUCUUCCCUCCUCAGCUCUAAUUGAGGCCUGCAUGGAGAGGAGGAGUCUUGUGCAGUCCCUUAGCAACAUGCUUCCUGUCAGGAUGGCCUCGAUGUUGAUGCUCCCGUACACCCUCCCUCUGGAGUCUGCGAUGUCCUUGACUCUCAGGUACUUCAGGACUUGAUUACAUCUGGCCUGGAUUCCCCUCCUAUUUAAAAUGCACUGAGAAGAGUACUUCAGCUGAGAGAAUCUGCGUGUCUGCUUUGUUCCUGUUUGUGUAGCUAUAAUACAGUUAAAGUCCUUGGACAUGUGGGAUAGCUUUUUAAGAGAGUUGUUAUCAUUGAUUAGUGGCUAACUGCUCUGUAACGGUAACACAUGAGUGUAAUUAAUGCAUAGACUCCUGGAGUGGCUGCCAGAUGUGCAAGAGGACAUGGGUUGGAUACAAGAGCAGGUAUUAAAGAUACUCCAGCAUGUUCUGCACCAGGCUUCGAAGAGCUUUUCCCGACACGUGUCUGCAAGGUAAGUGUGAACAAAAUUACAUGGACCGAAAAAUCAAAGUGUCUUUUUCUAACUGAUCAAACAAUACAGUCAAUGCUUACUGUGUGUGAACAUGGCUGGAUGUCAGCCUACUAAUAAUGAAUGUUUUGACCACUUGGUGGCAGCAAAUAUAAGGUGUGAUCACAACAUGAAAAAAUCCUCUCAUCUUAAUGUUAAUCAGUCCAACUGGAAACAAAAAAGGAGCUUAUUUUGCAAAAAUACUGAGCAAAGUAUUUCAGACCAAUGACUAAAAGUCUAUUAUUCCCCCUUUUAGCUUUGAUCUAGUUCUUAGGUGUUACAUUUUUUACUUUAUCAUGAGUACCAUGAUUAAAAUCAACAACAAAAUGGUCACAGUUUGCAAAUCACCCUCAGCUCUUUAUGCUUCUUAUGGUCACUGCAGGUUUUCCUGGCAGCUAGAACUGCAUCACUACCGGUCCCUGCAGUCCAGUCUCAGCUCCAGCAGACUGUUUCCCAGCUCAGCAGUCCUGGAUGUCUUCAUGCAGCUUGACCAGUACAAGAACCAGCUGCUGUCUGGAGUUUUGUGUAUCAACAUGGACCUGCAAGGCUCCUUCCAAAGUGGGCAGAUGUCAGCAGAGAGGGACCCUCCAUCUGUCCUUUCCUCUGAAGGCAUUACGUUCCAUGUUCCACCUGCAGUCAACUCUGGAAGGGUCAUCAGUGGAUGCUAAGAGCUUGUAUAGAUCUCUAAUUAGGCAGGUUCAGACAUACAUCAUUUAGAUCCAGGAAUUAUGUAGAUCUUCAUGAUAACAUUAAGGAACCUUUAAGCUGAGCCAAUAAGUCCUAUUUUGGCUGAUACAAAAGGCAACAAGUCACUUAAUCAACCAGAAUCAGAAUACUUGAUUUAUCCCAGGGGGAAAUUCUGUGAUUACACUCACUAUGUACUACAUAUAUAUGUUUUUUAAUCAUGCAUGACACUGAAAUUCUCUAGUUACAGUAUUAUCAUGGUAUGUUUACCUUGAAACAUUAAGUCUGUCUGGAAAAAACUGGAAUUACAUGACGUUAGCAGAAAAAAAUGCACAGUUAAAGCAGCAUGCUGAAAACAGUAUUUAUGUUUUAGGUGGAAUGCAAUCAGACUGGUAGUUAGGCAGAGAGUUUCUGCUUCAUCAGGCUUUGAGCUCUGAUUCACUUCUGAAACACAGGCUGAGACAUAUAGGUGGAGGGAAGAUAGGAAGCACAGAUGUGUUUGUUACAGCGGUAAAUGUUGUAAAAGAGACAUGAAGUAUCAUCGUACAGUGUUAAAGUAUAUUGUCUUGAUGUUUCUAUGUCAAUAUAAAUGUAAUAAGUGUCUUUAUAAGUAGUGUGUUGGAUAAACACAAAAAUCCUCUUUUUUUUCAAUCAGGCAAACUUAAUUUUAUGCUUUUAUUUUUCUUGAUGUUUAAACCCUUAAAGGUAAUUUUAUUUUAAAUUUACAUCACAUUUAAAAAUCGCUGAUUCAUAGGUUGUGCUGUGACUUUGAUUUUAUUUCAAGUUUUAGUACAAUGAAACAAAUCAAAAGUGUUUAUUUCAAUGAAUCAAAGAGUUGCUUAAUUUAAGAUGCACUUUCCUUAUUUAGUGUUAACUAACGGCAUACCUGAUAUACUAUUACUUAACACUAUAUCUUUCUUGCACUUUGAACUCCAAAGAUAUCUACCUGUGUGAUUUAGCCUCAACUUGUGCCUUAAAUUUGAAUUUAUUGUUGUAAUAAUGCAGGGAAUUAUAUUUUUGUGAUUACCAAUUAAAGCCGUACUAUUUAACUACAACUGAGAAGUGUUUGCUUGUUGCUGUAAAUACACAGUUUAGAACAGAUGAACCAAAGUGAUCCUCAAAUUACCCGGAAAAACAAAGAGUUACAGUGAAAAUCGUACACAGGACAGGACAGGGCAGGGAACAGCACACAAACCACAGUAACCAAACAACAGGCCUGAUGUAAGGGGGGCUGGCCUUCUUGGUAAGCAAAGGAAAAUGAGUAAUUUGAAGUUUGUCCAUCACUUCUUCAUGUUGAAAUCAUGUGACUUUUGCUUUUAGAUCUCCAAAAAAACAUUGACUUUUUGUAAUGUUCUAUUUUUAAAAGCUUUAUCUGGCCUACUUGUUUGUUUUUUUACCCCCUACAUCCCAUUGACUCAUCUGUUCUCAUAAACAUGUUCACACAGCAUACUACUCAGCUCAAUAAUCUAAAUAAACAACAAAUGAAAAAAGAGA